AUGUCCCUCUCUCAAACUAACAACCACCUUCGUCCCAUAAGCCGACACACAACCACCAACAAUCCCUCCAAUCUGGUCAUCUUCCAUCCUUGCCAGACGUUAUGUCCCCAAGUCACCCUUCCAGACGGUGUCAAGAUCACCUUCUGUUAUGGCGCCUCUGUCCACUUUCCCAUAAAAGUUGCCAACGAUGAAGAUAUCCUAUCCUACAGUGACCUCAUUGAGAAUACUCCAGGGAUCGUCAUCCCACACGGAAUUGCUCUAUGCAUUGUAGAAAUUCUAACUAGAUACACCUCACCUAUGCACCGGACCGCCAGUGUCAAUUUCAACGUUGUGAUGGAAGGAGCGGUGGAGUUAAUAUUGGAUUCUGGAGAGAAAAGAACUUCGAAAAGAAGAGACUGUGUCAUUCAAAGGGUAGUAAAUCAUGCAUGGAGGAAUACGAGCGAAGCGGAAUGGGCGAGAAUAUCCGCGGUGCCGAUACCAGCAGAGGAAUUUAGGUCGAGGGAGGAUUUGGGAAAGCAGAACUAG